GUGGAAGUAGCCGAGCAGCUGCUGGACGGCACGGAGGGAAGGAGUGGAGGAGAGGAGAGCACCGCGGGGUGUUGGGACAGAGAGCGCUCUGACUGUUCUCUUUGGGCUACAUGCAGCACGACGGACAACAAAGCUGAAGUUCUCUCACUCUCUUCCUGUCUUCUAUGCAGCACAAAGAACAAAAAGGCGAGGCAUCUUCAUAUAACUGACAGAGAUCCUGAGCCAUCAUGCCUCGCUGCAAAGUGAACCUCAGCACCAUGAUUUUCCUGGUCAUCCUGCAGGGAGCCGCCGUGGUCCUCUUUUGUGGCUGGUACAUGGAGCUGAAUCCCUGCAGCUCGGCACCCCCAAAUGGCAAAGUUCAUGUUCUGCUCCUGUCAUCAUGGCGAUCAGGUUCAUCCUUCCUGGGUCAGGUGUUUAGUCAACACCCAUCUGUGUUCUACCUUAUGGAGCCCGCUUGGCAUGUGUGGACUAGACUGCAGAAACCGGGUGCGAGGUUGCUCCGGAUGGCAGUUAGAGACUUGCUACGGAGCGUGUUCCAGUGUGACCUCUCUGUAAUGGAGGCCUACUUGCCUGAUCAAUACAACGUGUCCAACUUGUUUAUGUGGUCCCAAAGUCGAGCUCUGUGCUCGCCACCAGCUUGUUCACUCACACCACGCAACCAAUUCAGCAACCAAACUUCGUGCAAGCAGGUAUGUGAUGCUCAGGGUCUGCAGCGAGUGCAGGAUGCCUGCAGUACCUACAGCCACGUGGUGUUAAAAGAGGUACGAUUCUUUGAGCUGGAAUCCCUCUACCCGCUCUUACAGGACCCAAACAUGGAUCUUCGCAUCAUCCACCUGGUCCGAGAUCCCAGGGCAGUUUUGAAGUCUCGUGAAGAGGCAGCCAAAGCCCUCAUAAGAGAUAGUGCUAUAGUGUUAGAACAAAGAAACGUACCAGCAGCAGAGGUGCAGUAUCAAGUCAUGCAGGAGAUCUGCCGCAGCCAUGUGCGCAUCAAUGAGAGAGCCAUCAUGAAGCCUCCCCCCUUCCUCGAAGGCCGCUACAAAAUGGUCCGUUAUGAGGAUGUUGCCCGCAACCCACUGGAGGAGAUAAAUGCCAUUUAUGAUUUCGUAGGUCUGGAAAUGACUAAAGAGUUGAAGGAAUGGAUCUACCGUGUUACCCAUGGGAAAGGCAAAGGUACCAAGAAAGAGGCCUUCAAAAUUACAUCAAGAAAUGCUGCUGAUGUCUCCCAGGCUUGGCGUAGUAUACUUCCACAUAACAAAGUCAAACGAAUUCAGGAAGUGUGUAAAGGGGCCAUGUCUUUGCUUGGGUACAGGACAGUUUACAGUGAAAAAGAGCAGAAAAGCUUGGACAUAGACCUUCUUGUGCCACGGGAACCAUAUCAGUUCAGCUGGUUGCCAACAAAAACAGAGGGUCCGGGAACCGUUUAAAACAUGAAUUACAAAGACACCAAGACAUUGGAGUGAAGUCUGUAUUCUUUGUGCUUGAAGAUUGUUACUGCAAAGGGCAUGAUGUCCACUUGAACUGUGAUGAGUUUGCACCCUUACUUGACUCAGAUUUUGGUCAGUCAAAUCUGAUUUGGUCUCACUUGUUUGAUAGACACUUUUAGGGUUGUUUCAUUUUUAUAUUAACUCAGAGCCACACAAAUCUCCACUAUCAGCCCUCAACAGUUUUAUCUCAGUUUUCUCAGUUCAUCUCAGUUUUAAGCUCGCCAGUUGUUUAAGUCUUUUCAUUUACUCAAGUUCAAUUUACCCACACUAGGAAUUUGAGUUAGUUUCAUGCCUGGAUCAGACUCCACAGUUUGUUUUGUCUUUUGUCAUGGCACCAUGUCAGAUUACAGAUCAAAAAUGUCCUGUCUGGUCUAACAACAUUAGAAGUGUGAUCCUGACCAACCAUCAAAUGCUGUUGUUAUGACUGUCUUUGCAAUGAUGGGAUUUCAUAGGUUGUUUGGUUCUUAGGUCAGGAGGUGUAAAUCACAGCCACUGCAGAGGCCCUCUGUGUGUCUGAAAAGUUUGAAACGAUGAAAAAGGAACUAUUGUGGAUUCGUCCUUUUCGGUCAAGAAGAGAAAAAUAUGGACUGGCUGGUCUUUAAAUUAAACUUGAGGUACGGAUGGAAUGAUGUCUGGCUAUGCUAGCUUCACUGUAUGCAAACAAAAGAUGGCCCAGAGGGAAAACAUUUGAGUGUAGGAAAUUGUGUAAUGUCACUGAUAAACAAUGAUACAAAGAUAGGUAACGAAUGCUAUCGUGUUGGUGAGCAUCAGUAAACACAUUGUUGAUGUUAGGGUGUUAAAUGGAAAAUGCAAAAAAACAUUUGGGCAUGGCAGUCUUGUUGAUUUGCCGCCUUGGUACAUCUUGGAUGCAUUGUUAAUUAUGUCACACUACAUUUGUCAGACUCAGUGUUUAUAUUCAGACCAACAUUUGACGAUAGGCUGCAACAACACGAUCAGGCCAAACUCCAGCUGUUUCCUUGUCGUCUGAUCAGAUCUUAAGAGCUACUGUUAACAACUUUGCAGCUCCCUCUAGCCACACAGAAGAGUAUAAGAAAAAUGUAAACUUUUUCACUGAUUAAU